AUGUCAGACGUACCUAAUACACCUUCCUCAGAGCUAUUGUCUCUUCUUCAAGAUUUACGAUUAUCCGUACCUAGAGUAAUCCAAUCACCACCUACUCAACCUAGAAGAGCAAGUGUAGCUUUAAUUAUACGAUUAAGACCGGCACCCGAACUAGUAUUCGAAGGCAAUGAACCUGAGGGAUAUAUCGGGAGGGUAAUAUCGAAAUCAGAUUUUGGUGUAGGAUAUACUUUAGAUGAUUUCUUCAAACUUCCAUGGGUCAAUCAUGCAAAUACGGUCCCAGAAAUAUUAUUCAUACGUAGAGCACCGCACACAUCAUCAUCAUCGUCGUCAUCGUCUUCUUCUUCGACCUCCCCCACAAGUGUAUCCCACGGUAGAUGGUCAAGUCAUAUCGCGUUUCCAGGAGGAAGACACGAACCAGAUGAUCAAUCUGCCUAUUUUACAGCUUUAAGAGAGACUUGGGAAGAAGUGGGAGUGGAUCUAGCUGAAAAAGAGUUCUUACAUGUUGGAAGAUUGGAUGAAAGGGAGGUCACGACUAGCUUGGGGAAAAGGCUUUUGAUGAUUUUAAGUCCAUUUGUUUUCCUGCAGACAUCACCAUUCAGUCCCACACCGGAAUUACAAGCAUCUGAAGUUUCUUCGAUUCACUGGAUCCCACUUUCGCUUCUAUCACCACCCAUAUCCCCUGAUCAAUGGUCUCAGAUCGAGAUAGAUAUAGGCAGCCGACUUAGUCCCAGGAAUAAGUUCGUCAGAUGGUGUUUGAGGAAUCUGAUAGGGAAGAUGCAAUUUGGUUGUGUUCUCUUACCAGACGAGCCUGAGAUUGUAGCAGAAGGAUUUGAUCCGAGCAAUGAAUUUGACGAAUUCGCAGAAGGGUCAGGAAGCUGGUUCAACGAAGGGAAACGUCAUCUUAGAUUAUGGGGAUUGACAUUAGGAAUGACACUGGAUUUGAUCGCCCAUUAUCCAUCUGCUUCACCUGCUCAUCGAGUCCUACCUCCCUCUGCAACGCCUUCAAAACCUUCUUCACCUACGACAUCAGAAUUCAACCAUGAAGGAGAAUUAGACUUCAUACCUGAUCCAAAAACACCCGUAACAGUUCAAAGUAGUUUCGAAGAUCAAUGGGAAGCGGCUAGGAAAGCUAUAGAAGAAGCCAAGAAGAAUGGUACACCGUCAAAUGCGAAGAAUAAUGGGGAUCCAGUCAAAGUCGAUGGAAGGAGAAAAACAAAGAAAAGGAGAAGAGGUGUUGGUCCCGGAAUGACUGCUGUGUUUCCUAGAUUCUCCUAUCCCGAUGUCAAUUUCUGGAUAUGGGUAUUUGGAAGAAGAUAUAGACAGGUCAUUCAAGGAUGGGAAAAUUCCGUUCGAGGACCUGAUAGAGCAGCUGACAGGAGGGUCAACUGGUCAGGACAAGCUCUUGCUACUUUCUAUUCGGCAGUGAGGCAGGCUUUAGUAGUCACUAUAAUCAUGAGAGCAUUGUUGUCGGGAGUAGGAAUAGCAGGUUUGACUUGGAUCCUGGUAAGGGGCUUAGGAGGUUCAGGGGGUAAAGAGCUGUAG